GGGAAGAGACACGGCCAGAAGAGUUGGCCCAAGUCGUGGACAUUAACCCAGAGCUGUCUCCCGACGGAAAGGAGCAGCUGAAAGGAAUCGUGCGGCGCGGCGCCACCGUGCCUGAAGUAAAUUUGAAUUGCGACCCUGACGAACGCCUUUUUCAACGCAACUGACACCAUGCCCAAAUCUCACCGCCUUUUCUCCUGGUUCAAGAAGCCGCGGGGCCCUUCUGAGCCUCCUGACGACCGGUCGCAGGUCUCAACUGGAACAGCCAGAUCAUUGGGCCUACCACUGCGUAUGACAGAACGAACGACAAAGACUGGCACGGCAGCCCCGCAGGACUGCACUCUGGUUCCCUUACUACUACAGCGCCCGCUCUCCCACUUCCUAGUGGCACCUUACAAGAUAAUGCCACGGAGCAACGGACAUCUUUUCGAGACAAGCUACUUAGGCCAUUUCGGAGAAGUCCCAGUCCCGCUCCUAGUCGUCUCAAACAAUCAAGCACAUCCCAAUCCAAACAUUCUAUGCCGACUGUUCCCGUCCAGACAUCCACAAACGAAUCAUGCUAUCCUGUCCCCUCCCACCGAAGUGAAUACCGAUUUCCCACGAGUGAUGGGCAACGCACUUGCCACUGAUAACGAUUACCCGAGCAUCCACACGCAACAAGAACCUGGAUCAAAACGAUCAUCGGCACCACCAAACUACUUCUCGAAACUGCGGCCGCUGGUCUCAAGUUCGUCCAGAUCGCUAAUCUUGAUCAGAUCCCAAACACGCUUUUGAGAUAUAUGAGAAUGUCAGUGGCAGUACCGAGGAACUCGACCAGUUAUGCAUCGUGAUACAGCAAACACAAGAAUCGGUGGUUGAGCCCCUCCAGAAAUGGACUGGGGAAACUCCACCUGAGCUGA